UAAGAAGUCAUGGCAGCGUGAGCGAGUACAGUAGCCUGCAGGAUUGUACUACAGGCGUUACAGGAGAGAGGGAGAGACUGACUGUUCACUCGAAUCCAGGAGUCACAGACACAGGCUCAACCCCCAACACCAGCAACCUAAACGGACACUCUUGCCCCGAUUGCUGCGGCCGUCCCGGGUCAGAAACGGGGAACCGAGGGAGAAGCUACGAACCUAGUGUGGACUCGAGAGGGGACGUUGUCAUUUCUACCCCAGUCUCGCCGCGGCUGUAACUCGAGUGGCGGACACCCGAUUCAGCAAUAAAACCCUCUCUGGACUCUUUCUCCCUCUCGCCCUCUCUAUCUCCCCCCACCACAAGUGAAUUCUAUGUCUACGAAGAUGGAGCAACCAUUUUAUCACGACGAUUCAUUCUUCACGGGUUACGGGGCACCAGACGGCGCUCUCCACGAGUACGGCUCCAAGUAUUUCAAGGCCGGCAUGAAUCUCAACUUGGUGGAGCAGUCUCGGUGUUUGAAAGCCCAGCCGAGGAACCCGGAGGACGCGCUGUUGAGCGGCGGCGACUCGGGUCUCCUCAAACUCGCCUCUCCAGAGCUGGAGCGUCUGAUCAUCCAAUCGAGCAAUGGCGUGAUAACCACCACGCCCACCCCUGGUCAGUACUUCUGUGCAAGGAACAUCACGGACGAACAGGAAGGGUUCGCGGACGGCUUCGUGAAGGCGCUGGAAGAGCUACACAAGAUCAAUCAUGUCGCGCCUAACGUGUCCAUCUCCGGCCCUGGAAUGAACUGCAACGCCAGCAAUGGCUAUGGGACCACGGGACCCUCCGAGGUGCCCCCGGUCUACACCAACCUCACCGCCUACAAUUCCAACGCUAUCUCGGCCGGGACCAGCUACCCAACGGCCACCAUCAGCUACCUGCCCCCUCAACCCAUCGCCUACAACUUGGCGCCGGUGCCCAUGGGUCACCCGCGGUUGCAGACCCUUAAGGAAGAACCUCAGACGGUGCCCGAGGUACAGAGCCGAGGCGAGACCCCGCCGCUCUCUCCCAUUGACAUGGAGAACCAAGAGCGCAUCAAGGCGGAGAGGAAGCGCCUGAGGAACCGGGUGGCCGCGUCCAAGUGUCGCAAGAGGAAACUGGAGAGAAUAUCCAGACUUGAGGACAAAGUGAAGAAUUUGAAAUCGGACAAUGCUGGGUUAGCCUCCACCGCCACCGUCCUGCGAGACCAAGUCUCUCAGCUCAAACAAAAAGUCAUGACUCAUAUCAGCAGUGGCUGCCAGAUUGUAAUAAACCAAAAACUACAAGGUUUCUGAGCGUGAGACGGGGCAGGAAGAAAGAGGAAAAAAAUGGAGCCAUCACAAAAAAACUAGCGAGGGAAUGAGGAAGAUUCUUUGGAAGCUGCUUCGAGGAGCAGAGGGAGAGCGAGAUGCCUUUCUGAAGCACUGAUCCCUCCAAAUGCAAAACAAAACACUGAACUGGACAAGUGGGGGUGUGGUGAACUGGCCGGCGGAGGCCGGAGACGCGCUGGAGAGAUUGGGACUCUUUCAUGGACUUGGUAUAAUAGGAAUAAAACGCGACCGGGGUCGCACCGCCGUUCGAUUGUAAAUUAUUAUUUUGUCUCUCGUUUUCGAGUUUGUUUUUCUUCCUGGUUUAGUUUUUAACAAACUGGGUUUAAAAAGUUGUGUUUUAUUUGAUAUGUCUGUGGUAUUGCUUGUGUUUAAGUAAAUACUUUGUACUGUGAAUUCGA